AUGUCAAAUAUUAUGAACUCCAAUUCACGCAUGAAUCACCGUAUAGCUCCAGCAGCGGGCGGUCCUAUCACCAUUCAAGUGGGAGAACGGCGAUUCAUCACCACAAAGAAUACGAUGACAGGAGAGAGCCAUUUUUUCGCGGCACUAAUGUCAGGGCGCUGGGAUAGUAACAAGCAAGCAGAUGGCUCUUAUUUGAUCGAUGCGGAUCCCGACCUCUUCGAACAUAUCCUGCGGUAUCUUCGACGAAGUGUGCUUCCUAUUUUCUACCAUCCCGAAAAAGGUCACGACCACAUUCUAUAUCUCGCACUUCUAGGAGAAGCAAGAUAUUUCCAGAUUGCACAAUUAGAGAAUUGGUUAAAGAACAAGAGAUAUCUCCAUGCAGUACGUGUUCAGUGUUCCGUAGAAGAGUUGGACGAUUUCUGGUCGGAAACUCUAUGGACAGAUGAAAAUGCAGUGUAUUAUCCGCGUUGGGAUACAGAAGAAGUUUAUAUAUGUCCUCGGGAAACUGAUGUCCACAGGGGUGACAAAAGUGCGUGUGGAAGGCAGUGUGAGAUAGUGCGUGGUGAUUCGGGGUACAAAUACGAGGAUGAGCCAAUUUUGAAGACAUUGGUGAUUCGAAAAAAACUUGUUGUCGAUCAGGAGGCUUGUCUGGAGAGGUUGGGUGAAGAUUGA